CGCGAAACACUGAGAGAGAGAGAGAGUGUGCGCGAGAGAGAGAGAGAGAGCGAGCGAGGCAGCGCGAGCAGGCUGGCUCUCAGACUUCUCAUCUCCAUACAGUCAGAGUGAACUGCGGGGGCAGACGGAGCGGAUUGCUGCAGUCCUCGACAGCGGAAAGAGCCUCAAAUAAGGAUUUUUUGUAUCGAGCCGCGUCGACUCACAACUCCCGCUUUUGUGUCGCCUACUUGUUUUUUUUUUGUUGUUGUUGUUUUUUAAGGAAUUCGUCAAACGGAACUUUUCGCUUCUCCGGAGUUUGGAGAGACUGUUUUUUUCUUCUUCUUCAGAUAUGGACAGUCGGCGACCCGCCGCAGGGAGCGACUGGCCGGUGUAGUCACAGGGAAUAAAACUGUAAACUCGUCGUUGAGGACUUUUUUACUGGAUGUUUCAUGAAGCGCUUCGUUCUUUUGCUCAGUUCUGGGACGCCGUGGAUUUAUCAGCUUCAGGAGCGGAUAGAUAGUCGUGAUUCCCGGUCGACGGCAAGAAGGAUUUACGCUUCUAAAGUUGCAGGAAAAACAUGGAGACUGUAAGUCGGCAGAGCUUCCAGCCUCAUCCGGGACUGCAACAAACUCUCAAGCAGUUUCACCUCAGCUCUAUGAGCUCUCUGGGCGGACCGGCGGCUUUCUCUGCCCGGUGGCAACAUGAGCUCCUGUUCAAGAAGGACGGUAAGGAGCCCGAGCCGGUCCUGCAGCAUCUGCCGCCGCCGGUGAUGCCGGGCCCGCUGUUCAUCCCGUCGGACCGCUCCACGGAGAGGUGCGAGACGGUGCUGGAAGGCGAGACCAUCUCUUGCUUUGUGGUCGGCGGGGAGAAGCGACUGUGCCUGCCGCAGAUCCUCAACACGGUGCUGCGGGACUUCACCCUGCAGCAGAUCAACUCCGUGUGCGACGAGCUGCACAUCUACUGCUCCCGGUGCACGGCGGACCAGCUGGAGAUCCUCAAAGUCAUGGGGAUCUUGCCCUUUUCUGCGCCGUCCUGCGGCCUCAUCACCAAGACGGACGCCGAGCGGCUCUGCAACGCCCUGAUCUACGGAGGCGCCUACCCGCCACGCUGCAAGAAGGAGCUGAGCGGAGGCUCGCUGGAGCUGGAGCUCACCGAGAGGAGCUUCAAAGUCUACCACGAGUGCUUCGGAAAGUGCAAGGGCUUGUUCGUACCGGAGCUGUACACCAGCCCCAACGCAGCGUGCAUCCAGUGCAUGGACUGUAGACUCAUGUACCCGACCCACAAGUUCGUGGUGCACAGCCACAAGGCGCAGGAGAACAGGACUUGCCACUGGGGCUUCGACUCGGCCAACUGGAGGGCGUACAUCCUCCUGGGCCAGGAUUACACGGGGAAAGAGGAGGCCCGUCUGGAGCAGCUCCUGGACGAGAUCAAGGAGAAAUUUGACUUCGCCAACAAGUACAAGAGGAAAGCAUCAUCCAGGGCGUCUGAUCCCAUCCCGAUCAAAAAGUCCAAAUAUGAAGACUUCCCGUUACAAUCCCCGCUGGCUGACAAAGAGAAGCAGCACGACUGGCUACAGUCCCUGUCCGCCUCCAACAAGGGGCUUAACUGCAUUCAGCCCAGACAGAGACCCUCAGCUUUCAGACCCUGGUCCCCCCACAUCUCUGCUGGUGAUAAGGAGCCCACCAGUCACCCCCUGGCCCUGCUGAGAGACAGCUUCUACAACUACAAGACCAUGGAGAAGGCCGUGGCCCCCAACGUCGCCCUGACUCCGCUGCCCCUGGGGAAGGUGGGUCCCAUGUCCCCUUCGGUACCCAGCACCUCCCAUCCCAGUGGAGGUGAACCCCCAGGCGAGGGUGCAAAUGCUAACUCCAGGCCACGCAAAAGGAGAGCCACAGAGGAGCUCCCACACCCUGCCCCAGAGGUCCCCUGUCCUCCGUCCUCAGCUGCCAGCAAGCCACCACCACCACCACCACCGCCGCCACCACCGCCACCUCAGGACGACAAAGACUCUGAGGUGGAGAUCGAAGUGGAGAGCCGUGACGAAUUCACUUCGUCCCUGUCCUCCCUGUCGUCGCCAUCUUUCACUUCGUCCAGCAGCUCAGCCAAGGACUUGAGCUCGCCAGGCACCCAAGGGCCGAUCUGCACUGUCACGUCAGCAGAGGCCGCUGCCCCUGCGGCAGCACCUGUCACUGCACCCGUGACCCCUCCAGAAAUGGGGCUGGAGUCUGAGCUGGAGAGCCUGAGGCAGGCGCUGGACAGUGGACUCGACUCCAAAGAGUCCAAGGAGAAGUUUCUUCACGAGAUCGUUAAGAUGAGAGUGAAGCAAGAGGAGAAGUUGGGAUCUGCCCUGCAGGCCAAACGCAGCCUCCAGCAGGAGUUGGAGUUCUUGCGAGUGGCCAAGAAGGAGAAGCUGCGGGAGGCGACUGAGGCAAAGCGAAACCUGAGGAAGGAAAUUGAGCGUCUGCGAGCCGAAAGCGAGAAGAAGAUGAAGGAAGCAAACGAGGCGCGGAUCCGUUUGAAGCGGGAGCUGGAGCAGGCCCGGCAGCUGAGGGUCUGCGAUAAAGGCUGCGAGGCCGGACGUCUUCGUGCAAAAUACUCUGCACAGAUUGAGGACCUCCAGAUGAAGCUGCAGCACGCCGAGGCCGACCGCGAGCAGCUCCGAGCCGACCUGCUGCAGGAGCGGGAGGCCAGGGAGCACCUGGAAAGGGUGGUGAAGGAGCUACAGCACCAACUCUGGCCCAAAUCCACCAAUGACAAGGAGGGGAUGCUCAAGGACACGGCAGCUGAUAACUAACCCAGCAGCCAACCUCACAGCCCAACUGCCCCUCCCCCCAUCCCCACACUUCCCACGACCCCCAACAUCUUCUACCCAAUUCAAUCCAUAAAGACCCGCAGGAGUCCUGGGCCAGCCACACUGCACCACUGUCCACCACACUCGCCCUCUCAAACACAAACCUGAAAGACUGGUCCUCCGAUCAGAGGCAGAGAGAAGAAAAGAGGACCUGCGUCCUCGUCCUUACCCCUGAAAAGUCAAGUCAGCGGUUUCCUUAUAGAGAGACUGGAAAGGGCAAAGUACAAUACUGCGACAAGGAAACAUGUCUUUCUAAGACGAGCUCUGACUUGCACCUUCCGAACUCACAGAACUGAAAACUGGAUCAGAAGAGUGAAAGAAAAACAAGCGUAGAGCACAGACAGAGUGUGUCUGUCUGUGUUUGCUCUGACAAGAAGACAUGCUGAGACUCUCGCACAGACGUCCGUGACAAGAAACGCUGGAAGAUCGUGUUAUAUUAGGCUUAUGCAGCUGGUGAGAGGCGUUGCAGUGGUCUGGCCAGGAGGUCAGGGCUCACAUUUAAUCCCCCAAAAAAGUCUCCAGCACGUCCCUCGCCAUGACGAAGAUGGAGGAUGUUGAACACAUUAUAAGCUAUUUAAGGACUACAUAGCGAUAUGUAAAGCAAACUUUGUUUCUCUGUGCUAUUGGAGUUUGAAAAUGUAAAAGAUGGAAUGAAUUAGAAGAUGAACAAAACAAGCAAAUGAACUUUCCACAGUGCCACCGUGGCUUUGUCGGUAUUCAGGAAGCCAUUGCAGUCCACUGAGGAGAAAAGCAUCAAGUUCGAAGUUCAAGUCUUUUCUUCCCGUUGUUGUUUUCUAAAAUCAUUUCUUUCUGCUCUCUCAGACGGUGGGCUGAUAUUUCUCUCUCUGGAUCAAACCUUGAAUUGGAAAUAAAAACAUGCCGUGUUAAAGUCACCUUUUUAGUGAGCACUUGUUUUGGAUGAUCAAUAACAAUGUCCAGCAGUCACCAUCUCAAUGUUUCUCACACACGCACACGCACACACACACACACACACAUACACACACACACCGGUUGCCAUAUGUUAUUUUAAGCAUUUGGGUCAAAACCCUGAAGUCUCUGUCUUCUAAAGAUAAAAUCCUCCAGAUGUGAGUGUGGCCUUGUUUUCUCAUCUCGUAACGUUGAUGUGAUGGAAGGCGGCAUGUUUUUACUCCAGUUGACAUCAUGUUUGAAAUCAUAGUGGGCUGGAUGGGGAACCCUUGGCAAGAACCACAAAAUGUUCAUUUAAAUUAAAUUAAGGUAUGUAAAUAUAAAUAUAUGUUGUUGUUUUUGUUUUUGUUUUUAACUUUACAAUAAUGAAUCGCACUUUGUCAUAACAAAAUACUGUUAUAAUGCAUUGUACUCCCACUAUUGUCUUCAAUCUUACUUUGAAAACAUCAUCUUAUACAUGACUGCUACCAUAUAAAUCCAGUAAGCAUUUUGUUGAUUAUAUGCAUCUUGAAUAAAAAAAACUGUUGUUCUGUUUUCUUAAGGCAAAGUAUUGUAAAUAAACAGAAAGAAAAAAAGGCUCCACCUGUUGCUUGCUGAUGCAGUCUGGGAUUGUUGGAAAGUUUUUUGGGCAACUCAUUCUCCUGUUUUUGUAAAAGAUGUCACUCGAGUACCCGGUUACAACUCCUCAUGAAUUUGACAGAACUCGCGUCAGUAAAGGUGAAUCAAUACCGGAGCCUGAAACAAACAGUAACGAGAAUAAAAUGUGAUUUUAUUCCAAAAGGCAGACGUCAUGAAUCUGCCCUCACAUAGUGGGUACAAUGCAAUCAGAAUGUACAUUGUGUUAAUGCUAUUUUUCCUUUGGUUGUUGAUGUUGUUUUUAACGUGGAUAUUUUAUUGCUUGUCUCUUAUGUUCACGUUUUUCAAUAGAUAAAACUCAUAUUUUUCUUUAUGCAUGAAAUUUGAGAUACAUGAAGUUUGCCAUACAUAUAGUCAGUUAUUGGGCAUUGAUACUGUACAUGUAAGGGUUUUAUUGUGUUAUGCAAUAUAAAGCAAUUUGUCUUAUUUAGAAGAGGAAAAGUGAUUAAAAAAGCAACACACCGUUUAUUGUUCUUUAAAAAAAAACAAAAAAAACUUCACACUCGCAAAAAACGAAAGACGAUUAAAAAAAAAAAAAGUUUUUUUAAAAUGCAAUGCUGGACAACCUCAAGUGCCUGAACGAGGGCGAAAGGUUUCCAGAGUAGGAAAACUGAUGAUGAAGCUGUCGGGGCUGGGCCUCUCAUCAACUUCCUGUUUGCAGGUUUUCAAAUUAAAAGCCCCUCCCUCGCUCAGCAGCUCUGAUUUAAAUAAAAAUAUAAUAAAAAAAAUAAAAAAAAUCAGUAUUCCUAAACCAACCAGUUUACAGACUAUUUUCUUUUUCGAUGCAGAGAACAAUUGAACAAAUGCUAGAUGCUUUUUUCUGAAUGAGUGCUUUUUUUUCUUCAUUUGAAAUCAAUGAUAUGCAUGUUCAAACAAUUUUUAUAGAAGACCUUGAAAAGCCACUUGCUUUGGUGAAUUGUUACUUUGGGUUGUAUAUAAAGACUUAACUGUUUAUUCCCAGUCUGUUGACUUGUCCUGAGGCAGACACGUCGAGGUUAACAAAGAGGGCAUUAUGUUCCAAGCCCUUUUCUUAUCGAACAUCGCUGACGUUGUUCAGAGAACGACAGCACGUCUGCGACUUUGGCAGACCUAAAAUUGGUACAUUUUGUAGUUGUUUUUACACUCAAAAGAGUCAAUAGCCUAUGUGUAGUUUACUUUACUCAUGGUUUUCUACAAAAGGAGGGAGACGGUAACAACAUUGGCUCUUCACUCUCCCGCACGAAAAAGAAAAAAGCAGUUUAACAAAGUCUUGUUUUCUAAAGAAUCAUUUUGCUAAAUAAUGGACAGUCAAAGCAGCAAUAACAGUCCAUAUUAAUAGACAAAUACUAGCCAGUGUGAAGAUUUGAAUAAGAAUUUACAAAUGUAAAUAUUUUUUUCAUUUAUGAUAUUGUAUAAUAUAUGUACAUGGUGUUCCCUUUUUCAAAAAGAAAUCUUUUCUUACAAAUAGCUGUCUUGUUUUUUUGUUUCUGUUUUUUUGUUUUUUUUGGAUUUGUGUUUUAACGGAGAUGUUUCAAAAACAGUUAAUGCAGUGCGUAAGAGAAUAUUCCCUACAUAAACAUGUUAAUCCAUUUCUUUUUUUUUUCUUUUUUUUUUUUACUGUAGAGUCUUUAUAUUGAAUGACUUUUUUCAUCACUUCAUAUAUAUUUUUAACAGUGUGUUCAGUAUCAGAUAGCAGGCCUACAGUAUGGGCCUCACACACACACAUACACAUAUACACACAUACACACACACACAAACACAAACACACACACAUGUGACUACGCCACCUUGCAGACCCCCCCUCCUCCCCUUCUCCCUCACCCCCUCCCUCCAUCCUCAUGUAUCUUUUUUAGCCCUGUGCUGCUGCUAACUAUAUAAACCUUACAAUUCUAGAAAUAUUUUUAUGUAAGAGGUAAAUGUAAGCUUUCCCAUUUAUUAAUGCCACAUAUACAGUAUGAAAAAAAGAAGCUUGGCGUAUUCAUCUCUCCUCUCUUGUUUCUCCUCAUCUUUUCAUGCCUCCCCCCUCCCUCCCCCUUCCAACAACACCCUUACCCUUCUCUCACGACACGGACUAUAUUGUAAAGUAAAGGACUUUAUGAGAUUAUGUUUGAAAAUAGCUAUGCUUAUAUACUACAGUGACUGAAUGUACAGUGUAUAGAUGCAUUACCAGAAAUAAAGUUGUUUGUCCAGAUUGAA